AUGACAACUUCAGCUGCUGCUGCUUUUGAGGCCCUCAUGGAUGGAGUGACAAAAUGGGACAUCCCCAACGGCCCCAUUCCUAGUGAGCUCCUUCUCACUGGAGAGGCCGCCUUCCCGGUGAUGGUGAAUGACAAGGGUCAGGUGCUCAUCGCUGCCUCCUCCUACGGCCAAGGCCGCCUGGUGGUCCUGGCCCACGAGGGCUACCUGCUGCACGCCGGCCUGGCUCCAUUUCUUCUCAAUGCGGUGGGCUGGCUCUGCCCCUCCCCCAGGGCUGUGGUUGGAGUGCACCCAUCCCUGGCAUCUCUAGUCAGCCUCCUGCAGGCCUCUGGGGUUGAGGCACAGAUUGGCCCAGAACCGAGAGAGCCCCUGGGGGUUUACUGCGUGAAUGCCUACAGCGGCACCAUGGUUGAGAAGCUGAUCCAGUUUGUGAAACGUGGAGGGGGCUUGCUCAUCGGGGGCCAGGCCUGGUACUGGGCCAGUCAGCACGGCCGGGACAAGGUGCUGUCUGGGUUCCCCGGAAACCAGGUGACAAGCGUGGCUGGAGUGUACUUUACUGACACCUAUGGAGACAGAACCCAGUUCAAGGUCUCUAAGAAGGUGCCCAAGAUCCCACUCCAGGUCAGGUGUGGGGAAGAUCUCAUGCAGGAUCAGCAGCAGCUCCUGGAAGGGAUCUCGGAGCUGGACAUCAGGACAGGGGGCAUCCCCUCGCAGCUGCUGGUGCAUGGGGCCCUGGCCUUCCCAGUGGGGCUCGAUACCUCCCUCCGCUGUUUCCUGGCAGCAGCCCGCUAUGGCCGAGGCCGCGUAGUGCUGGCUGCCCACGAGGGCAUGCUCUGUGCUCCCAAGAUGGCACCCUUUAUGCUCAAUGCUGUGCGCUGGCUGGCCAGAAGCCGUUCAGGCCAAAUUGGAGUGAAUACAAGUCUGAAAAACCUGUGUUCCUUACUGUCAGAACAUGGCCUGGAAUGCAGCCUGGAGUCCCAGCUGCGCGACGGCCUGCACGUCUACUGCUGUGGGGCUUACAGUGACCGGCAGGCCAAGGAGCUACAGGAGUUUGUGGCUGAGGGUGGGGGGUUGCUGAUUGGGGGCCAGGCCUGGUGGUGGGCUUCCCAGAACCCAGGCAGCUCUGCUUUGGCUGGUUUCCCUGGUAAUGUCAUCCUCAACUGCCUGGGCCUCAGCAUCCUGGCUCGGACUCUGGACCCAGGCUGUUUCCCUGUCCCUUCACCUCAGAUGAGAAAGUACCACCUUCGCAAGGCACUGUCGGAAUUCCAGGCUGCGUUGAACCAGGAGGGCAGGACCUUGGAGAAGAACUAUCUGGCCAAGUUGGGCGCAGAUGGAGCAGCCUUCCUGCAGAUUCCUGCAGAGGGCGUCCCUGCUUACAUGUCCUUGCACCGACUCUUGAGGAAGAUGCUGCGACAGUCAGGCCUCCCCGCUGUGAGCCGGGAACACCCAGUGGCCAGUGACUCCUGCGAGGCUGCUGUGCUCUGCCUGGCCACAGAGCUGGCACGCUCUGGAACUGACUGCUCCCAGUUGGCCCAGGGGCUUGGCAGUGGGACCUGCCCCUCCAGUCUGUACCCCUCGCAGCACCCUAUCACGGUGGAGAUUAAUGGAACCAACCCAGGCAGUGAGGAUUCCUGGGUGAGCACUGGGCUCUACCUCCUGGAAGGACAAAAGGCAGAAAUCUCACUGUCUGAAGCUGCUGCCUCUGCUGGACUGAAGGUGCAGAUUGGCUGCCACACAGACGACCUGACCAGUGCCAGGAAGCUGUCUCGAGCCCCUGUGGUGACACAUCAAUGCUGUAUGGACCAGACCAGACGGUCAGUCUCUUGCCUCUGGGGCGGCCUCCUCUAUAUCAUCGUGCCCAAGGGCAGCCGACUGGGCUCUGUAUCUGUCACCAUCGAGAGGGCUGUGCCUGCCCCAUACUACCAACUGGGUAAGACAUCCCUGGAGGAGUGGAGGCACUGUAUCCAGGAGAACCUGUCUUCCUGGGGAGAGCUGGCCACGGACAACAUCAUCCUGACAGUGCCAGCUGUAGACCUCCAGGCCCUGGUGGACCCCCGGCCGUUGCUCCACCUCUGGGAUGAGAUGAUGCAGGCAAUAGCCAGGCUGGCAGCGCAGCCCUUCCCUUUCCGCCGGCCGGAGAGGAUCGUUGCCGACGUGCAGAUCUCAGCUGGCUGGAUGCACUCAGGAUACCCCAUCAUGUGCCACCUGGAGUCGGUGCAGGAGCUCAUCAAUGAGACGAGCAUGAGAAGCAAAGGCCUGUGGGGGCCCAUCCACGAGCUGGGCCACAACCAGCAGCGGUCUGGGUGGGAGUUCCCCCCACAUACCACCGAGGCCACCUGCAACCUGUGGUCAGUCUACGUGCAUGAGACAGUGCUGGGGAUCCCUAGGGCUUGCGCCCACCCAGCUCUGAGCCCUCCAGAACGAGAGAAGAGAAUCCAGGCAUACCUGGCAAAGGGAGCCCCACUCAGUGACUGGAAUGUGUGGACGGCCCUGGAAACGUAUCUACAGCUCCAGGAGGCCUUUGGUUGGGAGCCAUUCACCCAGCUUUUUGCUGAGUACCAGACCCUCUCUGGCCUACCCAAAGACAAUGCUAGCAAGAUGAAUCUAUGGGUGAAAAAGUUCUCUGAAAAAGUACAGAAGAAUCUGGUUCCUUUUUUUGUGGCCUGGGGCUGGCCAGUCCAGAAAGAAGUGGCUGACAGCCUGGCCUGCCUGCCAGAGUGGCAGGAAAACCCCAUGAGAAUGUACGUCUGUACCAGAGAGUAAAGGGUAUGCAGGAAGUGGGCAAAUAAGGAGACGAACACACUGCCAACUCCAUCAAUGUGAUUUCGACUGGCGUGCUAGUGCCUUGAGCCCGAAUCCUGCUUCCCAGCCUGCCUUGAGACAUCAGUCAAGGUCAUAAGACAAAAUGGAGCCAAUUUUCUCAGGAACGUGCCCGUGCGCUUCUUUGUAUUGUUUCUCUGCUUAUACUGUUGCUCUCACCAAGAGACUGGCUCACAGUCCUGGUUCUCCAGCAGAGGGUUCCAUCUUGUCUAUCCACGGCUCUAAUUUGUAAACCCAUGGAAGACCAUGGGCUACCAUGAUAACCUGAUAUGCUGUCUGCCUCUGAACCGGCCUUCUGAUUCUUGUGCUUUAUUAAGUUGUAUAAUAGUGAGAGUGACAGGCAGGCUGGUAUAAUAGAGAGAGCCCUGGGUGUCUUUGAUUCUAUGGGAAAAAAUCACUUAACCUCUCUGUGUUUCUGUGUUCUUACCCUGACAUUGGAAUGGAAGUCCCUUCCUCACAGUACUAAUGUUUGUGCACUAUAACAUGCGUAUGGAUGUAA